UGUUGCUAAAUUAGAGACAUUUACCGUUAAUGUUCAGCUUGCUAUAGUGUUUGAAGAAGCUAAUUUAACCUUUAAAGGAAACUAGUCACCCCACAGAUGUUCAAAAACUGUAAUUGACUUAUGUGCCGCCAGAGCCCGGCAUUGAACAUGCCUCAGCCCAGAGUCAAGCUGGUGGUGACCGGAGAUGAUUUUGGGUACUGCACUCGGAGGAACCGGGGCAUCGCCGAGGCUUUUCUGGCUGGUGGCAUCUCCAACGCGUCUUUGCUGGUCAAUGGAGCUUCUGCGGAACAUGCGGCCCAGCUAGCCAAGAGACAUUGCAUUCCCAUAGGACUCCAUGCAAACCUAUCUGAAGGUGCUCCAGUUUGUCAGGAGCUGAGGAGGUCCACACUCCUUAAUAAAGAUGGCUUUUUUCAUGGCAAGAUGGGCUUUCGUGAAGUUCUGCGAAGUGGAAAAAUGAGCAUGACUGAUGUGGAGGUGGAGCUUAGGGCCCAGGUGAAACAUUUUUGCGAGCUCACUGGUCACCUGCCCAAUCACAUGGACGGACAUCAGCAUGUGCACGUGCUGCCAGAAGUGCGAGAAGUGUUUGCACGGGUCCUUGCUCAUUUUGGCAUUUCUUACACACGGGUCCCAGUGGAGCCUGGUCUGCACUCCUGUCAUUUCCUACCUCCAAACCUCAGAGAAUUCUACCUGCAGGUUGAGAAAGAUGCUCUCCAGUCUGUUGAAGUCUUCCAUCGCCAUGGUAUCAGAUGGCCAGAUGUUUACUUGGGUCUCAGCACGAUGGGGCAAAACAUGUCCUUCUCCAACCUCAAAAGAGUCUUGAACUUUGCUCUAGAGGCAAGGACAUCUAUAGCCGCCGAGGCUGACGGCCUCUGUGCGCCUGAGUCAUAUCGACCAAUCACAGCAGAGCUGAUGGUACACCCCGGAUACCAGAGUUUUCCUUUGCAGGGGUCAAGAGGAACAUACACCGAUCAGGCACAACAUUAUGACCACCUGCCUAACAUUGUGUUGCUGCCAAAACAGCCCUGACCCGUGAUGCACUGUGUAUUCUGACACCUUUCUACCACAACCAGCAUUAACUUCUUCAGCAAUUUGAGCAACAGUAGCUCGCCUGUUGGAUCGGAUCACACGGUCCAGCCUUCGCUCCCCACGUGCAUCAAUGACCCUUGUCCGCCCAUGACCCUGUCGCCGGUUCACCGCUGUUCCUUCCUUGGACCACUUUUGAUAGAAAUUGACCACUGUAGACCGGGAACACCCAACAAGAGCUGCAGUUUUAGAGAUGAUCUGAUCCAGUCAUCUAGCCAUCACAACUUGGCCCUUCAUCAAACUCGCUCAAAUCCGUACGCUUGUCCAUUUUUCCUGCUUCUAACACAUCAACUUUGAGGACAAAAUGUUCACUUGCUGUCUAAUAUAUCCCACCCACUAACAGGUGCCAUGAUGAGGAGAUCAUCAUCAGUCUUCUUCACGGCACCUCUCACUGCUCAUAAUGUUAUGCCUGAUCUGUGUAUAGCCUAUGCCAAGGGGACCCAGUGGACAGGAUUCAGAACCCAUUGCAAGGCAAAAUCGCACGCUCAAAUACCCAUUCACACACAAUGGACAAUUGAUUAGAGAUGCUAAUCUGCCUGCAACUCAUGUCAAUGUACAGUGGAAGGAAACCCCUGAAUCACAGGGAGAACAUGUAAAGUCUACACAGACAGGGCCUCUACACUAUUAGGUGCAGAUGUAAAACCCCUCCCAUGAGUUGCAUUUCAGAGAAGUUCCAUGAAUGACACUUUCCAGAAUUAACCAAAAUAUCCAAAGAGGAAACAGGUCAGCUGAAAAAAAAUGGCUUAAUUAUGAAAUUUCACUUCAAUCGCUUUAAAGCUUUACUUUCUAAGGAGUUCAUAUUUAAUCCAUUUAAUUUUUUUUAUUUCUAAUCUUGCAUGAAACACAAUAAAAGGUGCAGGAACCUGUGAAAACUUCACAUGAUCCUUUGAUGGUUGUGAAAAUGGCCUUUUUUAGUGUGGAGGAAAAGAAAUAAUAUUAAGGUAUGAUUGACCUUUGUUAAAUGUGGAUCUGGUUUUAAUCAGCUGUUUGGUUUGAGAUCCCAACCUUUCUGUUAAUGCUGCCAUCUACUGGGAUUCCAUGGAAGCACAUGAUUAUGCUUUUUUAAAAAAAAAUGACUGAUGGUGUUUUAAAACCAAUAGACUAUGCAAUGUGUUUAUAAAUGUCUGAAUUAUUUAUUCAGUUAUAAGGUGCAUGAAUCGAUAUCAUAUCUGAGGCAUCAAUAUUUCAGGUUGGAUUUUUUUUUUUGCACUGGAGAAUCUCACACAGUCAGUCUUGUUAGUUAGCUGGAUUUAUUAGGAAACCAUUGACCAAUCAGAGAGUCAGCACACUCAGAGUGACCAAUCAGAGUCAGCCGCUACUUGAGUAUAUAACGUCAUUCCCAUGACUGUGCCAGUUUAUUCUAUUUCCACACAAAAUAUAUAGGAGGCUGAAAAAGAAUGAACGUAUCGCUGAUAUUACUUACUGUAUGAAGUGGGAUAAGUGACUUAAAGGGACAAGAGACUAGAUUUCCAAACACAUCACU